GUGGGAGGGAGAAGAAAGAGUGAGGGAAAAGGAGAAAAAAAGGAGAAAAAGCACACAACAGAAAAGGGGAGGACAUCGGUGCAAUUGCGUGAAUAUUGGUUGAAUUACAUUGAAGAAAAUAGUUGCAGAGAGGAAGAAACCAAGAUGAUAACGCCCUACUUCCUACAGAAUUUCUGGGGUGAAAAAAACAAUGGAUUUGAUGUUCUCUACCACAACAUGAAGCAUGGUCAAAUCUCCUCCAAGGAACUUACGGAGUUCAUCAGAGAAAGGGCUACCAUAGAAGAGGUCUAUGCCAGGUCAAUGACCAAACUUGCCAAGUCAGCUGGUAACUUCUCUCAGCUCGGGACGUUUGCCCCGGUGUGGGAUGUGUUUAAGACUUCCACAGAGAAGCUGGCCAGCUGCCACCUGGAGCUGGUGAGGAAGCUACAGGAGCUUAUCAAAGACGUGCAGAAGUACGUGGAUGACCAGGCCAAGGCCCACAAAAAGACCAAGGAGGAGGUGGCGUCCACGCUGGAAUCAGUCCAGACCAUACAGACCACCGGAGUAGCCUUACAGAAGUCCAAGGAGAAUUACAACGCCAAAACUGUGGAGCAGGAGAGACUCCGCAAGGAGGGAGCAACACAGAGAGAUGUGGACAAGGCUGGAGUGAAGGCCAAGAAAGCCACGGAAACCUACAAGUGCUUUGUGGAAAAAUAUGCCACAGCCAAGUCCGAGUUUGAACAGAAGAUGGCUGAAACUGCACAGAAGUUUCAGGACAUCGAGGAGAGCCACAUCGUCCACAUGAAGGAUAUAAUUCAGUCAUACACGCAGUCUGUUGACGAGACACACGUUCAGAUCGGAGAGGUCCGUAUAGAGUUUGAGAGGAACAUGGAGAACACCUCUGUGGAGGGCUUGAUACAGAAACUGUCUGACAGUAAAGGAACGGGCAAAGAGAGACCAGGUCCUAUUGAGUUUGAAGAAUGCAACACUGCCAUCGCCACUGAAGGAGCCAAACCCAGAAAGAGGAAAACAUUUGCGAUCCGCCGGAAAGACAACAAGGACACAGACUCGACGGAGUCGACAGAAGUUGAACCUGCUAACAAUACCAAUGGAGUUCCUCCUGGAAACUAUGGCACCAUAGACUUCCAAAACGCUAAUGUCCCCACGGUUGAUGAAGAUGGCUUCUGCAUCAGACCGGAAGACCGCAACCAAAAUGAUGCCAAAGAGAAUUCGUUCUAUUCGUCGAGUGACUCGGAGGACGAGGAUGAACCCAGGAAGUUCCGUGUGGAAAUCAAGCCGGUGGCGCCCAAUAACAGGACGCAACAAAGCCGAGCCACCAUCGACCAACUCAAGGCCUCCAUUGGAAACAUCAGCCUAUCGCCACCAACCUCGGGUCAGAUGCGAAGGAACCAAUCCAGGCUGUCAGGAAUGCAUUCCCACUCAGCGAUAGGCUCUCAGGUGCUAGGUGAUGAGUUGGGAAAGGCCAGGAUGUCAACAUAUGUCAAUGACAGUAGACCUGCUCUCAAUAAUGACCUUCUAUCACUGGAUCCGUUCGGCCCCGCCCCCACCCUAAGAGGCUCCUCCUCCUCAGUGUCCUCAUCAACAGGUUCAUCACUCUGCCCUGCCCUGGACUAUCAUGUGCCAUCAACAGAUGAGGGAGUGUUACAGCAGGAGUUCUCCUCUCCCCCACUGGCAGAUGGCUUGCAGCAGGCCAAAGGAGAGGUCACCCCUCUACCUUCCUCCACCACCACUACUACCACCACUACUACCACCACCACCUUCUCUCCAUGGAACUCACCAGCUGACCCCUUUCUGGCCCUGAAGCCCAUCCCAGCCCGGGCCCAGAGGACCCCCAUCACCCAGCAGGAUGAGCCCAUAGAACCAACCCCAGGCCCAGACCCAACCAGCAUGCCUCAGGGAGAGAACCAGUCUGCCUUUACCAGGUCCCAGAGCCAGUGGAUCGACGUCAACCACGACUUUGUGCCAGUCCGACGCCAGCAGAGCUGCUGUCCGGGUACAGGUCCGGUCAACCGCGACCGGACCCAGUCUAACCCUCAUACCGGCAGGCCUCAGUCUUGCCGGUCCAUCUGUUUCUUCUCUGAUGACCCCGCUGAUCCCUAUAAUAAGAUGGCACUGAGCAGUGGGGUUGUGGAGGUCAGCACCUCUGUCCCUGAGGUCUUUUCAGCACUGCCAGUGGGGAUGGUGGCAGCAGCAGCAGUUAGCCAGGCACACAAUGUGCCUGCCCUGGCCAGACCCACUACCCCUCAAACUGGGGCCAUGGUGGCUCCUCCACGACCCUCUUCCAGACCCAAACUACCCACAGGAAAACUCACAGGAAUCAAUGAAAUUGUGCGGCCGUUCAGCCCGACCAAGACGUUGUCCAACGCCAGUCCUCCUCCGGCUGCUCCCCUGGCCCGGGCAGAGAGCUCCUCCUCCCUGUCCUCCACCGCCUCUCUCAGUGCCUCCAACACACCCACAGUGGGGCCUGAGCGUAUCUUCCGUCCCUCCCUCUCCUCUCCGGAACCAGAGUUCCUCCUUUCUCCCUGUCCUCUGUUUCUCCUCAGCCAAAAGGAUGAUGGUUUCAUCGGGAAGCUGCCCACCUUUGAGAAGUGCUGUGAAACGCCUGCAGGGACGUCUCGCGGUCCCAGCCCAGUGACCCUGGCGUCCCAGGAUGCCUUGCCAAUUGCUGUGGCCUUCACAGAGUCUGUUAAUGCCUACUUCAAAGGAGCUGAUCCCGCUAAGUGCAUAGUGAAGAUCACAGGUGACAUGACCCUGUCCUUCCCCAUGGGUAUUAUCAAGGUGUUCACCAGUAACCCCUCCCCUGCUAUGCUCACCUUCAAACUGAAGAACACCUCCAAUCUGGAGCAGAUCCUCCCCAACCAGACACUACUGUUCAGUGAUCCCUCGCAAAGUGAUGCUCAUAACAAGGACUUUUGGUUCAACAUGCAAGCUCUCACAUCGUACCUCAGGAAAGCCUCAGAGCAGAACCCUGCUGCAUCCUACUACAACGUUGACAUCCUCAAAUACCAGGUGUCCUCUAAAGGAAUCGCAUCGACCCCUCUGAACCUGGCAGUGUACUGGAAGUGUGACCCCGCCACCACUGACCUGAGGAUGGACUACCACUACAACCCAGAGUCCAUGCUCUGUCCCGGCCCGCUCUCCAACGUACAGGUCCUAGUGCAUGUAGAUGGAGGGGUCACCAACAUGCAGUCCCUGCCUAAUGCUAUCUGGAACUCAGAGCUGAACAAGUCUCUCUGGAAGCUGAACGACAUCUCUGAGAAGUCUGAUAAUGAAGGCUCGGGGUCUCUGAGGGCUAAGUUUGAGCUCUCCGACGGCCCGUCCACCCCAACCACCCUGGCUGUGCAGUUUAUGAGUGAGGGGAGCACGCUGUCUGGGGUGGACAUAGAGCUGUUGGGAACCGGGUACAGACUGUCCCUCAACAAGAAGAGGUUUGCCACAGGUCGUUACAUGGCAGACUGUUAAGGAUGCAUACCAUCCUGGACCCCCAAGCACAACGACUUUAUUGAACAUUUAUUUUCAAUAUUUGAGUCCUUUUUGUCCUAUUUAUUAAAGGGGAGGUGAAGACUGGAGAGGUGCAGCAAAUACACCAGGUUUUUUGUGAUGCAUCCAAACACUGCAUUAUGUCCCAAUGUACCUUGUCUGUCUCGAGCAGAGAUCUCCUCAGUACAGUAAAGCAGCGCUGAGUAUUCAACACUGUUUAAAAAGAAGAAGAAUACAUGAAAUAAAAAAUUAAGUUGAGCUGUCAGGAAAUGGAAAUGUAUAGAUGUUGAGAAGUGUAAUGCUUUCUGAUCAAUUCAGACUUUUAUAAAGUCAGGACCGUAGUGUUUCGUUAUGUAACAAUGUAUGGAUUAUAUAUAAAUACAUAUUAUAUACAAAAACAUGUCAAAAAUGAAUACAAUCUGCACUAACAAUCUAAAAAUAUAUUUGUUCUCCUUUGUAAAUUGUGUAUGUAUUCCACUGAAGCUCUUGUAGUAACAGAUUCUGGGUAAAACAGUGAGAAAAGAGAAGAAAGAGGAGAGGAAAUACAACACUCCUCCCUCAUCCCGCUCUCAUUCUCUUCUCAAUUGUAAGUACGAUCACCAAGUAUUUUACUUUGUGAGACUCAAGUCAUGUUUUUUUCUGAUUGACCUUUAUUUCCUGGGUUAUUUUCAUUCUGAUCAUGUGCAAUGAAGAAAUUAAGGUAUAAGCUGUAUUGUUUUUUUAACUAAACAGAUUCUCUAAAAUGUUAUCAUGGCACAACAUUAAUCGGUUUUCCUGUCGCUUCUGACAACUGGUAAUAACACAAGGUCAGCUCUCUUUCAAAAGCAAAAAAACAAAACUUAACUGACCUCAGUGCCUCUUUCUUUCUGUGGAAAAAUUCAUUGAAAACGUAGCUACUUUUCUCUAAGCCCUUUUGUAUGUUCAAACGGCACCGCUAACAAAAAGAAAAAGCACCAACCUUGUGCAAGUUGUUGUUUUAUAAUCUUGUUUUUGGAUGUUGAAGGGAAAAUGCGUCCAGUUUCUACACCAGUCAAUCCAAAAGGCAUCUGUCUUCCAGAAACUGCUGAUCCAGUGGACUCAGUCUCAGUUCUGUGUCUUUGCUAUGAUGUUGUCUUUUCUACUGGGGUAUUUUUUCUAUAUUUGAUCCGACAGUGAUCUUUGUUCCCAAACCGCCUUUGGUCUAUUUGAGAGCACUGGACAGCCUGCUAGCUGAGCAUCUUUAUCACAAUCUAGCCAAAUCAAUUCUAGAAAUGCCUUAAGAAAAUAUACCUUGUCAUCUUUUGAUAAUGGUAAUAAGAUGCUAUCCAGUUGUGAUAGGCUACAUUUCUGCCAUGUUUGCCUGUGAGGAGAGAGACAGACAACAGUUCUUGGUGCUGACUCGAUUUCAUACAGAGUGGUUCAUUCUUGCCUUAUAUACCAAUGGAGGACCAGUAUCUAGAAGGGCUACAUAUCCUAGAUGGAGAGAUGCAUACACCUUAUGUAGCAGUUCUAUCAAUAUCACUAACGUGUGUUUUUGACAACCUUUUCCAAUGCCUUCUCCCCAAAACCACAGUUUAUAUAGUAUAGAUAAUGAUCACAGUACUGUAUUUUCAUUACAAACAUUGAUAUGGGCACACCAGUAACACUGUGAUUGGGGACUGUUAGUGUUCCAUCAUGUAUGUGGCCAUCUGAACACUGUAUGCAUGUAAACUUCUGGCCCAUAUCCACAAAGCAUCUCCGAGUAAUAGUGCUGAUCUAGGAUCUGGCCAUAUAAUACGAUCAAUUAUGAACUAAAAGAUAACUGAUCCUAUAUCUGCACUCUUACACUGAGACGCUUUGUGGGAUAACGGACCCUGGUAUUUGGUACAGUUGAUACUGUUACCGUUCUCUCUGCUUCUGAAAUGGCACCCUAUGCCCUACAAUAUAUAGCGCAUUACUUUUGAUCAGUAGUAGUGCACUAUGGAAUAGGAUGCCUUUUCAGAGGCACUAUUUGUAGAUAUGGUUAAUCGCAUCGCUUACUAGUAAACGUGAUCUGACGAAACCUCAAUAUAACUUUUCAGCACAACAAAACACCUAGUCCAUGUGGCCAGUCUUCUAGAACUAUGAGUAGUCCAUGUGGCCAGUCUUCUAGAACUAUGAGUAGUCCAUGUGGCCAGUCUUCUAGAACUAUGACAGAACACCUAGUUCAUGUGGCCAGUCUUCUAGAACUAUGAGUAGUCCAUGUGGCCAGUCUUCUAGAACUAUGACAGAACACCUAGUUCAUGUGGCCAGUCUUCUAGAACUAUGAGUAGUCCAUGUGGCCAGUCUUCUAGAACUAUGACAGAACACCUAGUUCAUGUGGCCAGUCUUCUAGAACUAUGACAGAACACCUAGUUCAUGUGGCCAGUCUUCUAGAACUAUGAGUAGUCCAUGUGGCCAGUCUUCUAGAACUAUGACAGAACACCUAGUUCAUGUGGCCAGUCUUCUAGAACUAUGAGUAGUCCAUGUGGCCAGUCUUCUAGAACUAUGACAGAACACCUGGUUCAUGUGGCCAGUCUUCUAGAACUAUGACAGAACACCUAGUUCAUGUGCCCAGUCUUCUAGAACUAUGAGAGAACACCUAGUUCAUGUGGCCAGUCUUCUAGAACUAUGAGUAGUCCAUGUGGCCAGUCUUCUAGAACUAUGACAGAACACCUAGUUCAUGUGGCCAGUCUUCUAGAACUAUGAGUAGUCCAUGUGGCCAGUCUUCUAGAACUAUGAGUAGUCCAUGUGGCCAGUCUUCUAGAACUAUGACAGAACACCUAGUUCAUGUGGCCAGUCUUCUAGAACUAUGAGUAGUCCAUGUGGCCAGUCUUCUAGAACUAUGACAGAACACCUAGUUCAUGUGGCCAGUCUUCUAGAACUAUGAGUAGUCCAUGUGGCCAGUCUUCUAGAACUAUGACAGAACACCUGGUUCAUGUGGCCAGUCUUCUAGAACUAUGACAGAACACCUAGUUCAUGUGCCCAGUCUUCUAGAACUAUGAGAGAACACCUAGUUCAUGUGGCCAGUCUUCUAGAACUAUGACAGAACACCUAGACCAUGUGCCCUGUCUUCUAGAACUAUGAGAGAACACCUAGUUCAUGUGCCCAGUCUUCUAGAACUAUGAGAGAACACCUAGUUCAUGUGGCCAGUCUUCUAGAACUAUGACAGAACACCUAGUUCAUGUGGCCAGUCUUCUAGAACUAUGACAGAACACCUAGUCCAUGUGGCCAGUCUUCUAGAACUAUGACAGAACACCUAGUUCAUGUGGUCAGUCUUCUAGAACUAUGAGAGAACACCUAGGUCAUGUGGCCAGUCUUCUAGAACUAUGAGAGAACACCUAGGUCAUGUGGCCAGUCUUCUAGAGCUAUGAGUAGUCCAUGUGGCUAGUCUUCUAGAACUAUGAGAGAACACCUAGUUCAUGUGGCCAGUCUUCUAGAACUAUGAGUAGUCCCUGUGGCUAGUCUUCUAGAACUAUGAGAGAACACCUAUUUCAUGUGGCCAGUCUUCUAGAACUAUGAGUAGUCCAUGUGGUCAGUCUUCUAGAACAAUGAGAGAACACCUAGGUCAUGUGGCCAGUCUUCUAGAACUAUGAGUAAUCCAUGUGGCCAGUCUUCUAGAACUAUGAGAGAACACCUAGGUCAUGUGGCCAGUCUUCUAGAACUAUGAGUAGUCCAUGUGGCCAGUCUUCUAGAACUAUGAGAGAACACCUAGGUCAUGUGGCCAGUCUUCUAGAACUAUGAGUAGUCCAUGUGGUCAGUCUUCUAGAACUAUGAGAGAACACCUAGGUCAUGUGGCCAGUCUUCUAGAACUAUGAGUAGUCCAUGUGGCCAGUCUUCUAGAACUAUGAGAGAACACCUAGGUCAUGUGGCCAGUCUUCUAGAACUAUGAGUAGUCCAUGUGGCCAGUCUUCUAGAACUAUGAGUAGUCCAUGUGGCCAGUCUUCUAGAACUAUGAGUAGUCCAUGUGGCCAGUCUUCUAGAACUAUGAGUAGUCCAUGUGGCUAGUCUUCUAGAACUAUGAGAGAACACCUAGGUCAUGUGGCCAGUCUUCUAGAACUAUGAGUAGUCCAUGUGGUCAGUCUUCUAGAACUAUGAGAGAACACCUAGGUCAUGUGGCCAGUCUUCUAGAACUAUGAGUAGUCCAUGUGGCCAGUCUUCUAGAACUAUGAGAGAUGUGAUUAUUGUUUAACAAUGUUGAUCGAGAUGUAUUUGUGAAGUCAAUUUCUAAAAUAGGAUUUGUUUUGUAUACAGUACAAUAAGUCAGAAUUAUGUCUUGUAAGGCAUGGAUUAAUCAUCACGGUUUGAAUUAUUGGUCCUUUAAGGAUGAUAUUUGUUUAAGAUACAGUUUAAGACUCCACCUUCAGUAGAAUUGUAGAGGCAAAUACUAACUUUAUUUGAAUGAGGGGUAAAAUUAUACGCAAAUAAUAUUUUCCAGAACACUUUAUAUAUGGCCCAACCAAAUAAUGUGUGACUAUCCGAAUGGAGUUGGAGUUUACUAAACUAAAGCGUUAUCAUGGAAAACCAACGUAGCAUGUAAGGAACGUUUAAAGAGGGGAACAGCGUAUCAAAAUCAGAUAUUUUAUUUUUAUGGAGUUCACCUUAAAAUAUCAUAUCAACAGCGCCGGCUACUCUCGAUCCACCCACUAAGAUUAGAGAAACUCCCAGUCAGAAACUGAAUAUAUAUGCAAAGUAUAUUUAGCGAGCUGGUUCUUGCUGUCUCUCCAUAGCAUCCAGUGAUUUUUUUCUUUCUUGGAGCUUGUCAUUAUGAUUUUUGUUUGUUUAUAUGUCUAUGUCAAAAGGAGAGUUUAGUUUAAUUUCUCAUAAAAUGUCAAUUUUUACCAAUAUCUCAGCCACUUUUUUUUCUGUUCACUUUAUGAUCGAUCUCAAUGUGCCUGUAUUAAAUGUAUAAUAUAUGAUUAUAUACCUAUAUAUAAAAAUGACUACUUAAAAUUGU